CUCCUUCAUUGAGGCAGAUUCAGGAGUAUGUCUUAUUUCAAAUCGUUCAUGAUGUCGCCCUUAUCUUCCCACCGCUUCUAAGAGCGGACGUGAUAAUCUCCAUAGCGAUAUUCCGUGGCUGAGAAAAUCUCGAAAUUCCAUUGGUAGUCCAGGCAUAUGGCUACAUCGCUCGGGCAGUAUCACCUGGCAGUCUUGUUCCACCGGCUCUUGAGGCUUUCUUAGCCUUGCUCAUAAUGUUCUUAAAGCCGGUAUCCUGCUACUGUAAGUACCUUUUACUCUAGUGCGACGCGGCGACGCCAGGCUGGCCCCAUGGAUGGGGCCGUCGUCCGGCUCAUGCGACAGAAGGUGCCGCGAAUCGUCGCAUUCCCUGUCGCAUUCCUCCUGGGAGUCGCCCUGCUGCUCGUCACCCGUCAGCCAGCGGAGAUCGCGCGAGUAGAGGACCUCUUCGAGGCAUCCCCUCCCACCGCUCUCUCAACUUUCCCUCCACCGUCCGAUGCUUCAUCGGCUCGCCUUUCGCCGUCCGAUAUCCCAUUCCGGGAAAACCAGGAGAGAACGAAUAUCAGCGAAGAUGACACGCGAGAAGCUGGCGAUGAGGUUCAUGAGAGGAGGAUAGAAGCGGGUAUGAGCGCACGUGAUAUUAGCGAAAACAGUCUUGCCGAUAGAAGCACUGACGAUGAUAAUGAUCCUGACGACGAGCAGUGCUGGGACGGGCGGGUGCGCGUGUACGUGUACGACCUCCCGCGGCGGAUGAACCUGGGCCUGCUGGAGCCCAAGUGGAAGACGCGGCAGCGGGAGAGGACCAACCAGAGCAUCGACGACGCGCCCAUCCGGGCGUGGGCGUGGCCGGCGCAGGGAGACGUGCAUCCGACCGCGUGGCAGCACAGCCUCGAGUACUACCUCGUCGCUGACUUGCUUCAUGCGCCCUCUGAGCGAGACCCUGGAGUGGCGGCGGUGAGGGUGAGGGACCCUGCGCAGGCGGACGUGUUUCUGGUGCCCUUCUUCGCUUCCACCAUGGUCAACCUGCUCAGGCGCAAGGACUUCCCCACCUACAAGGCUCUAGCGAUGGAACUGGCGGAGCUCAUGAAUGCCUCGCCCUGGUGGCACAGACGAGGCGGCAGGGACCAUGUGCUGUGCGUCACCCACCCCAAUGCGCUGGAGUCCGUGCGGCACUACAUGGCUGCUGCCGCCUUCAUUGCUGUGGACCUCGCCAGGUAUGCACCAGGGGAGGCUGAUCUGCACAAGGACAUAAUAGCGCCGUAUGGGCACCUGGUGGAGACAUACACAGCGGAGGAGGAGAGGCGGGACGCCCUGAGACAACAGAGGAGUCAUGCGGGCACAGGCACGGAGGGAGGGAAGAAAAGAGAUGAGGAGGAGGCGGGAAGGAGGGGGGGACAUGGACGGGGAGGAGAGGCAGCGGUAGCUGAAGCAAAAGCUGAGGCUGGGAGCCGCAAAAUGGUGGAGAGGGAGGGUGGUGGGGAUGGGGGGGAAGAAGAGGAGGAGGAUGAGUUGGAUGGGGGGAGGGAUGGGGUGCGACAGGGGAGAGUGGGGAAGAGGGAGGAGGGCAUUGCAGAUGGCGAUGAGGAGACAGACGCAGGGACAGGAGACAGGGCAGUGGAUAAGGGAAGCCGCAAGGAAGAGCGGGAAGAGGGGGAGGAGGAGGAGGAGGAGGAGGAGGAGGACAAGGGUGAGAAGGAUGCAGAUGGGGAGGGGGAGAGGAGGCGACUGGUGGGUCAAAGGAGACAGCUGGGGGGUGAGGAGGAAUCAGAGGAGGGGGAGGAGGAGAGUGGGGGAGAGAAAGAAGGGAGCAGUGAAGGUGAAGAGGAGGAAGGGGAUGAUGGGAAGGAGGAGAAACAAGGAGAUGAUGCAAGUGACGGUGAUGGGAGUGACAGAUUGCAUGGGCAAGGGAGCAGAGUGGAAGCAGGAGCAGCAGGAGCAGCGGAAGAAGCGGGUGGAGCUGCCGACACAGGAGAGGCGGAUGCGGGGGUGUUUGCGCGGCGCAAGACACUGCUCUACUUCCAAGGCACGCUGCACAGAAAGGAUCGGCGCAAGGCACUGUUUGAGGAGCUCCAGGGGGAGGCGGACGUGCAUGUGAGGGAAGCAGCGGGCUCCAGCCAGUCCAUACGAGAUUCCCAGCAAGGCAUGCGGCAGUCGCGCUUCUGCCUGCACGUGGAGGGCGACACGCCCUCCUCGUCGCGCUUCUUCAACGCCCUCAUGAGCGGCUGCGUGCCCGUGGUCGUCAGCGACUAUGUCGAGCUGCCCUUCGAGUCAACCCUCGACUACUCGCACCUCGCGCUCUUCUUCUCACAAGAGGAUGCACUAGUCAAGGGUCGUCUAGUCUCCGCCCUGCGCCAGCUGUCAGAGCAGGAUUGGCUGGCGAUGUGGCACAGGCUGCAUCAAGUGCAGAGGCACUUUGAGUUUCAGCACCCAGCCAAGGCAGGAGACGCGGUGGACAUGGUGUGGCAGGAGGUGCGGAACCGGCUGCCGAGCAUGCGACUAUUGGCGCACCGCGACACACGACUGACCAUUCCCGACUGGAGUGCUUGAGGAAUCCUUCUUCAGGCGCCUCACGAAUGUGCUUUCGGAGCACCGCGAUGCACGGCAUGACGACUGACCAUUCCCAACUGGAGUGCCUGGGGACCCAUGCUCGCUGCUUGAUCGUGCCUUGGAUGUGGCUUGUUUGGAUGCCAUGGUACGGGUAGUACCUGAAUGUGAAUAAGGCGAUCCCAACCCAAACCAAUUGUUAGAUAAUGAUGGAGCAAUGGCCCACCUGCAACUC